AUGUCUAAAGCACUUCGAUUCGCACCGACUGUAAAAGAAUUACGCUUACAUUUAUGUCAAAAAUCAACAACUAGUGCUGGUGUACGUCAAUUUAUUGAAAAAUUUUAUGUUAAUUUAAAACAACAAAACCCAGCAACGCCAAUACUCAUUCGAGAAUGUUCAAAUGUGAAUCCAACAUUAUGGACACGAUAUGAAUAUGGAAUUGAAAAACAAAUACCAUUAACGGGCAUGAAUGCUGAACAAGUUUUCAACGCGGUUGAAAAUUUAACGACCAAAACGAUUCCAAAUACUGCAAAUCGUUUGCCUAAAUAG